CGGGCAGAUUUUUCCGACGAGUUUCGGAACACGUUUGUAAACAGUGGCUACGACUGCUACGAGUGGCUAUGAGAGAGAACGGAUGGAGAAAUCAAAUCAUCACAAAUAUAAGGACUGACAAAAGCAGAUGUAAGAUUUGGAGGAAUAACAAAGUUAAGAAGAAAACAUAUUUACUAGGAUUGAUCUCAUUUUCAAAAAGAACUUAGGAACUUAGGAACCAAUUUUGAGAAAGAAAUGGCAGGAAUUAAUUGCGCAUCAGUUUCCACGAGCUCGCGUCAAUUAUUGCGGCUAUACUUCAAAGGAUUUGCAUGUCCGUUUUCAUCUAAAAGCACGGAUGAGGUCGACGAGAGUCCGAGAUUACGCGAGUUCAGGAAAAAAUUGCGCGAACGCGCCCCCAUAGAGAAAUUGGACGAGUUUGAGGAGGGCAAGCAUCCUUAUCAGGAGAAAGAACCCCUGAAACCAUUCCCAAACGACAUGAAUCCAGAAACGGGAGAAAUUGGAGGUCCCCGAGGACCAGAACCAACUCGUUAUGGCGACUGGGAGAGAAAAGGCCGCGUGACGGAUUUUUGAUUCGUCCCUUUUUGGGGGAAUAGCUUUAUUUGUUAAUUUACAAUUAGAAGUUAUACAAAACAUUAGAGAAUUAAAAAUUUAAAAUCUGCCUGAAGACUUAAUGUUACAAAAAGUUAUUUACUUUAUUUGAUGUUGAAUUAAUUGAUGUAUCUCGAAUUCAUUAUAAAAAUAAUAAUUUCUUCAAAAAUUGUAAUAAAAUGAGCAGAUUUAACAAAUUCAUCAUAUAAAUAAAACAUAAGCUUAAAACAAUAGCUAGUUUAAUCCUAAGAGAAAUUCGAAUUUUGAGCAUGUAACAUUUUAUUUGGAUUUUCAAAAAUUUAUGUAAAAUAAAAUAGUGUUUGCCAUUUAGAAAAUUUUAUUCUAACGCGAGGCAGAAUGUUCAAUGUGAUUUAACCACAUUGCUGAUAGUGUUUUAUUAACAAAACUGUCAUGUUGAUGCUUUUAUGAUUGCAAACAGAUGCGUGUAGUUUCUUGUAAAAUAUUCGCACGAUGAUUCGCGUAAAUUGUAUUCUGACGAAUCUGCAAAUAAGGAAUUGUAAGAGAUUUGUCACAAGUAUGUGUCAAGAUCAAGAAUAUUUUAAGUUCACAAGCUUGAAAUAAAUUUUUGCGAAUAUAA